AUGUCACCUAUGGAUACUUAUCUAUCCCAACAAGUCUAUUCUGAUCUUGUUUUGACAAAGAAAUGGAAACACGUUAAUUAUCAGUUUAUAAACCAAUUACAAACAUGUAUCUUUAUGGCUAAAGAACCAGGCACAGAAGAAUUACUCUACAUCCUACCUUUUUCUGAGACCGAAUCACUAUCAUUAAAGAAAAUAGCUACCAUAUUUGAUGGUAUAAAGAGUGAAAUGACAAUAGAUAUCAAGUAA